GCCGUGUGGCGGCGGCGGCGGCGGCGGAACGGGCGGAGGCGGCCGGUUUCGUAACCGUCGCUCCUCGGGGCUGACUCGCGGGGCUUCCUGGCCUGGGUCGGAGUCGAGCUUGUGGCCACUCGGGGCCCUCGCGUAGAGUGGAGACCGCCUGAGGGCAGGCGGGCGGGCUGGAAACGCAGGAGCACAUCACAAUUGUCAGAAAGGCUAUGUGAUCUUGGAGAGAUGGCUUCAUCCUUGGGGAAUUAAACAGCUCUAGGUGGCCUCCUGAGAAAAACAUAUAUACCUGGAGAUUUUGGGGGCAGUUUAGCGUGCCAACCCCAUUGAUCGCCUUGUGCUCAGAAAUUUCUACCUGUCCCCCUACGUUGGCAAGGGAGUGUGUCCAGAUGAGCAAGAUAUCGCAGCCAAACGGUGCCGCAGGAGUGAACGGGGCCAGUGUCAUUCACAGCCAGGCCCAUGCCAGUGGCUUGCAGCAGGUCCCUCAGCUGGCGCCUGCUGGCCCUGGGGGAGGUGGCAAAGCUGUGUCUGCCAGCAAGCAAAGCAAAAAGAGUUCCCCCAUGGAUCGGAACAGCGACGAAUACCGGCAGCGCCGAGAACGGAACAACAUGGCUGUGAAAAAGAGCCGUUUGAAAAGCAAGCAGAAAGCCCAAGAUACCCUGCAGAGGGUGAACCAGCUCAAAGAAGAGAAUGAACGCUUGGAAGCCAAAAUUAAACUACUCACAAAGGAAUUAAGCGUACUGAAAGACUUGUUUCUGGAGCAUGCGCACAACCUUGCAGACAAUGUGCAACCCCUUAGCACUGAAACUACUACGACAAAUUCAGAGAGCACAGGACAGUAGACAUCACUCUUCCCAGACUUGAUGACUUGGGGCUAAGGGGCGACCAUGUGCACUCCUCAGAUGGCUGGGUGGUGUCUUGCGCCUUCUCUGUUCAAACAUCCAUUGGAGGUUGUUUUCUAGGAUCACCACUAAAGAGUCGAUCAGCCAGGGAAUUUACAUAUCGAUCUUAAAAUAUGGGGGUCAAAAGAAUGCUAAGGUAUAUGGUUAAAAAAAACAACCCUUGAUGUUCUUAAGUCCUGACUUUGUCAGAAAUAGGCUCCUUUUAGGUGACAGAAAGUAUGGAAAAUUGGCAGAUCAUGAAGGUAGUUCUCGGUUUUAACAGAAACAAUCAGUUAGAUUAAAUGAAACUGCCAUCUAUGUUAAUCUAUUUGUGAUUAAAUUGUCUAUUAUAAUCCUGGGACUGUAGAAACUAAUCACUUUGUAAUUGGGCCCAAUUUUAUGUAUAGCAUAUGCCUUUAAAAAAUAUUAUUGGUACUGUUGUCUCCCUCCUCCCCACUGUAGUAAGUUUCUGAACUGUGAUGUCAGCUCACGUAAAGAAGCCACAUCACACCGCAAAAAAUAGAACACUUAGGAAGCAGAAAGACUUAAAAAAUAAAAGACAUAUUAGAAUCAUGCUUUUGGGAUACCUUUGGGUUACUGAGUGGCAUUAUUUUGUGAGAUAUAUAUGUGUCCCAAAAUAUUAGCUUCUGUAGAUGCUAGUGAAGUAAAGCUUUUUAAUUUGGAUUCCAUUUUGACAGCCAAGUUAGUAAAUAAAAUGGCUUAGCAGCUUGGUGGCAUAAGCUACUGAUUAGGAUUGGUAAUACUAGUGCAACUGGGAGUGUCUUCCGUGCACAAAAUAACUGCCUAGGGCCACAAUUUUGUGUGUGUGUGCUUGCACGCUAGUGCUG